AUAGGUGUCAAGGUGGGGGUCCUCUCUUCUUCUCUGCCUCUCCUCACUCUAGGUUCUGCCUGAGGUCUUCAGCCCCAUCGCUUUUCUUGGCUCUGGUUUCCUGAGUUCCAGACCCAGAUUCCUGGGACAGUUUAGGAAAGAUAAACUGGAAUGCAGUCAGUGAGAUCCUCUUUAUCUUGCCUUCCUGUCAGAUCCUCAGGUGUGGGACAGCAAGUUUGCAAUAAUGUGUCUUUUGGAAGGGAGCUUAAGGACACUCAGAUAGGCCUGGGAAACUCUUGACAUAGGACACCUGAUAGUGAGGUCCACCAACGUUGCAAAAUCAAUUGCAGGAGUGCAAAACACUACAAUCCCUAUGGAUGGGAAGUUAGCAAUAUCUAACAAAAUGACAUAUGCAUUUACCCAGCAAUUCUGCUUCUAGGAAUUUACCCAGAAGAUGCCCUUCACGGUACAAAAGACAUGCGUACAAGCGUAUUCUUUAAAGCAUAUCUGUAAUAAGAAAUCAUUGCAACUACCCAAAUGCUUAUCCUUAAGAGAUGGGUUUGAUGAACAAUGGUACACAUACAUAGGAGAGUACUAUGCAGCCCCCAAAAAGAAUGAGUAGGAGCACUAGGAACUGAUAUGAAGUGAUUUCCAGGAUAUGAUAUUAAGGGAAAAAAACACGAGGCAAAAGAGUGAGUGUAUAUAGUGUGCCACCUUUGGAAUGAGAUUUGAAAAACCAAGCCCAUUGCCAUCAAGUCAAUUUCGACUCAUAGCGACCCUAUAGGACAGGGUAAAACUGCCCCAUAGAGUUUCCAAGGAGCACCUUGUGUAUUUGAACUGCUGACCUUUUGGUUAGCAGCCCUAGCUCUUAACCAAUAUGCCACCAGGGUUUCCUGGAAUGAGAGAGAAGAGGAAAAAAAAAUGUAUUUUUUGCAAGCACACGCACGCACGGAAAUGAUAAACCAGAAAUUAGUUUAAAUGGGAAUGAGUGGGAACAGAGUGGAGGAGAUAGUGAUGAGAGUGAGGCUCUCCUGAUUACAUCUUUUCAGACAGUUUUGAUUUUGAACCAAGUACGUGUUUUGCAUGGUUCAAAAUUUAGAUCCAAAAGUAAGAAAAAGCAAACCCUAAAGCUGACUACAACAGAAACAAUGAACCUAACUGAAUAUUUGAUUACUAACUAUACAAAGGAAAAAAUGAAUUCAACUAAGUUUUGAACUCAGUACUCUGAUGUGGAACACAUAUCCUGAGGAUAAAAAGAACUGCAAAAUAAUCUUGAACUUUGCUUUGUAGGUUUGUUACCAUAAUUGGAAAUGAUUUUUUGUGUGUGUGUACUAUAAACCAAAAAAAACCCUGUUGCCGUCAAGUCAAUUCCAACUCAUAGCAACCGUAUAGGACAGAGUAGAACUGCCCCAUAGAGUUUCCAAGGAGCACCAGGCAGAUUUGAACUGAUGACCUUUUGGAUAGCAGCCAUAGCACUUAACCACUAUGCCACCAGGGUUUCCUUGUGUACUAUAGGACAGAUCAAAUGAGUAACUAUACUGAUAUUUCUGGGAAUCAGGGUUUCACUAUGGGAAAAGAGAGAUACGGUGAAACCUGUGAGAGCCAGAACUUGAUGGGACUACUUUGUUUUUGCAGGUCUCUCAAGUUUUCCACCCUUGAUAGGGUGUAGUCUUACCACUUUUCUAUCACUCAUUUUAGUGGAAAAUAUUUGAGUGUGCCUUCUCUGACAGGUUUCCGCCUUACACGGGUUCCAGGUUUUACUUUAUAAUAAUGGAAUGCGGGAAGGUGAGGAAGAACCUUAUGGUUCUUUAUCUCCUGGGUCUGUCCACUGAAAGGGUCUAGAAGCAAUGCCGCCCCAGUAGCACUGAACAUACCUAGUGCCCUGAUUUUUACGUUUAAAUACCACUUUCCAUUAAAAGAAACCAGUGUUCCUUGGAGAAAUGGCUGAUUCCAAGAUUGGGACAAGGAAAGCACAAGUGUGCGAGAAAAAAAGAAAAAUGAAGAAGAAAAAAGUACAAGUUGUGCCAGAAAGCUAGAACAUGCUCAUGUCAAAGGAUACUCCUCCUGGGCAAGUUUGGGGUGUAUUGAGCAACAGAACAGCAAUGGUAAUGGAUUUUAACACACUGAAUAAAAAAGAGUCCAUUCUGAUAGUUAAAAGGGAGCAGGGAGGAAAAACUCUUCCUUACAGAGAACAGCCAGCUAAUAAAAUGUGGAAGCAAUGACAGAACUUUAAGUUCACCAUAACCGAUUCAGGGUAGGCUCACUGAGGGAUGAUAAAACCAGCGGGUGAAAGGUUGGUGUCAGUGUAUCACCUCACAGAGUACUUAACUCCUCACAGAAGGAAAAAUCUGUCUUCACAGUGAGGUCAAGCACACACCAGCUCAAUCAAGUAAUCAAACAACCAAACACUGGCAGUGGCAAGACCACCUGGCAUCAGUGGUUCCUGGCGUUCUGCUUUAAGUCCAACCACAUUACUUAUGGUCUGGUCAAAAAUAUUUAUCUGGAAUCUAAUCAUGAGGAAACGAGACAAAUCUAGAAUAUGGGACAUUCUACAUGAUAACUGAACGAGGUGCUUCAAAAAAGGCAAUGUCUUAAGAAACAUCAAAAAUUCACGUUGCUGAGGGAUGGGCAGAAACCAUUUCCAGAGAUUAAAAGAAACUAAACUGACAUUACAACCAAAUGCAAUAAAGGACUAGAAAAAAAUAUCUUGGGACAACUGGGAAAUUCUUAAUAUGUACUGGAUAUUAGAUGAUAUGUAAUUAUUGCUCAGGAGCCCUGGUAGAGCAGUGGUUAAAAGCUCAGCUGCUAACCGCAAGGUUAGCAGUUUGAACCCACCAGCUGCUCUGCGUCAGAAAGACGUGCCAUUCUGCUUCUGUAGAGAUUACAGCCUUGGAAACUCUAUGGGGCAGUUCUGCUCUGUCCUAUAGGGUUGCUAUGAGUCAGAAUCGACUUGACAGCAGUGGGUUUGGUUUGGGUUUAAUUAUUGCUAAAAUUUUUAAGACGUGUUAAUGGUAACACGGUUCUAUAGAAGAAUAUUCUUAUUCUUAGGAAAUUCAUGCUACAGUGUGUAGGAGCAAAGUGUCUACAAGUUAUUUUCAAAUGGUUCAUCAUAAUAUUGUGUGUGUGUGUGUGUGUGUACACAUCAAGAGGAAGCUUGCAAAAUGUUAGCAACUGGUGAACCUAAAUGAAGGGUCUAUAGUUUUUUCUAUUUUUUCGAUACUGCUGGUUUGAAAGAUUUCAAAAUAAUAAGCUGAGGAGAAAAGUCAGUGCCAGUGCACAAACAUUUCAGAACCCCUCUCACUAUCUCCCUCACUCAGCUUGGCCAACCAAAAAAACCUGAACCCACUGCCACUGAGUUGAUUCUGACUCAUAGCAACCCUACACGACAGGGUAGAACUGUCCCCAUAGAGUUUCUGAGGAGCACGGAGCGGAUUCAAACUGCCAACCUUUUGGUUAGCAGUCAUAGCAGUUAACCAUCAUGCCACCAGGGUCUCCACAUGGCCAAGAGCAGCAUGUUUUAUUCCAAUGAAGCUCCUCAUCCCAAGCUCCCAGGUGGCUCUUCUAAGCUUCUGGGAGUACAAGGGGACUUUCCAACAAAGUGGUCUCCCUCAGGGAGUGCUCCUUCCUCCCUCUCACUGCUGUCAACACCAGGCUCUGCCUUCCAGGUGGGACCAGCUGGGUCACCAUUGGCCAGGCAGGAGCAAGUGGGAGCAAGACGCUUCCCCCACGCCACCAUGGGGAAGCCAAGGGACUGAGGGCUUCCAGAAUCACCCACUACCUUUUGAGUAGGGGUUCCAGGUUUUCAGAGAAGGAAUUCACCAACAGCCCAGAGGUUGCUGCUGACCAACCAUUCAAGUCCUUUCUGAAUUCUACAAUUAGGUGAUUCUGAGAAAAUCUGCUGUGCCCACUCUGAGCCUUCGUGCCCCGCCUUGGCAGGGAAGGCGUGGUUGUUUGUGCUGUCAGUGACCCACAUUGCCGUGUUGCCCCCUCCCUUGCCCCCCAUCUCCUCCAGUCUUCUGGUCCUGGCCUCCAGGGUCUCCAGAACUACUCAUCUCUCCCUCUUUUCUCCCUGGAAACCCUGGCGUGAGGACUGGCUUGACUCAGGUACUUUUCAAGUAGGAAAAUGCUCUUGAUCCUUUAGUCAAUUCCCCUUCUGUCUUGCUUGGGAGUCUGAAUGAGUGGGAGCCAGGAAGUUGGAAGGGGGCAAACCGGAGGGGUUUGUCCUCGUGUGCUGCCAGGCCUGCCAGGAGAGCAUGGGACCACAAAUCAGAAAACUGGUGAUCUGGGUUCUUGCCUGCUGCAUGACCUUGACCAAGGUGGUGAUGUCUCUGGGCCUCCAUCUCUUACACGGUAAAAUGAAACCAAGUUUAGAAAAACAGGCUUGUUUGAUUCAAGACCCUCCUCUUCUAUGGAAGGCAAAGGGGCAAAACUCUCAUUGUUUAAACCAAACUCUUUUCAUUAUAGAGUCUAGCACAAUGUAGCAACCUGUAGCAAAGCUCCAUCCGUCUAUCCAGGAUGACCACAGAGCAAAGGAGGGCACAGAGGAUCUGCCUUGUGGGGAGGUACCCUUGAGGUUUGGAAGUAGGACUGGUUCUAAGACUGCCCACCUUCACCUACCUGGAACCUCAGUUUAGAAGGAUUUACUCAACACCUUCCAAGGCCAUGAUUUUGCUGUAUCCCAGCAGGAAACUAAGAAAUACAGGCUAGAGGCACAGAGAUCCAGGCCUUUAGGGAGUUUACUAUCUUCUUGGGAACAUGAUCUCCUGAAGAGUUGAACCAUAUGCAACUGCCCAAUAUGAAACUACUUUUGACCUAUAAAAAGGUAAUUUCAUAUGGUUCAUCCUAAAACUACUACAUUAGAACGUUGAAAUCAACUGUAGCCAAUGUUACAGGAGAUUAGGUUUUUAUAUGAACUGUCAGGAGGUCAGGAGAAAUUCGGGUAAAGCCACCAGUUGCUGGGUCCAUUUGCCCUCCCUUUCAAUCCAGACUUUUGACAUACUUCGUUGUUGUUGUUAGUUGCCAUCUGGUCAACUCCAGCUCAUCUCCUGAUGCCUACCAGCACAAAAUGUGGCCCAGUCUGUGCAAUCUUUAUGCUCGUUGUUCGGUUUGAGUCCAUUGUUGUGGCUGUUGUGCCAGUCUAUCUCAUGGAGGAUUUCAUUCAUUUUCACUGUCCCUAGCUAAGCUCUUGUCCAGACUCUGGUUGAGAUCCCAGCAGCUGGCCAUAGGUAGAGAGGAAAGGGCCGUCCAUCUCUAGUCCACUAUUCCUGGGUUCCAAAUACCCUGUUUCAUAUCUUGGGAGCUAGAGAUGGAGGAAGUUUUGAGAAAGAAGGGAAUACCAACCUUAUUCUCCCCCUAUUUAGUGUCAGACAAGAGCGGAACACACAGGUGGAGUUUCAUCUGCCACAGGGCCACAUGACCUAGUGAUGGUUCAUGGCUGCUAGAUGGAAUGACUGGGAGCUGCUAGCAGGAAUAGGGAGACCAGCAGUUGGCAACAUUCACCUGGAAAUUGUUCUUGGAGAAGGUAAUUGCCAAACAGGGUUUGAUGGGAGGAAAGAGGAUAGAUUGGACAAGGAAAGGAUGGAGGAGGGGAUGUGGGAUUGGGAGAAAAGGCUGAGCUACUACACCCUGGCCAAGGACACUCUGAGCAUCAUGGGGAAUCAGAUGCUUGGCAGGUGGUGGAGGCUGUCUGCUCCCACCCGCUGGAAUGCCUCCAGCCUUCGCUGAGCCAGCGUCGGUAUCGCGGGCAGAAUGGCAUCUGGCCUCAGCAGUGGCCUGCUGCCCGCCUGCUCCCCUGGCACUUGUGGGCCAUUAGGAUGAUUUUUGAUGUUUCCUACCUGCCGUCUAUACGGCAGCCUUCUUUGUGGGGAGCACUCGUAGGACAUCUGUUAGGACGCCGGGACAGGCACAGUUGGCACCCAAACUUCCAGGAUCUUUCUGACCUUGGUACAGGGGAGGUCAGUCACUAGACUUUGGGCUGGAGAGCAGCUCAUUAUUUUUGAGCCAGAGCUUUUGAGAUGGACAGAGUUGGAGAAAUGGUUUGAUUUCCCUCCUUUCACAAAUAAGAAAACUGAAACCUAGACACUCGCCCAAGGACACAGGGCUAGUUUGAGGCGGACUUAGGCCGAGAGCCUAGUUCUCCCCACUUCAAGUCAAUGAUUGGGCCUCGACCCCAUCACUGCAUCACUAUGUGACCCAGAUCAACAGUAAACUUUGCUGGUGCCCAAUUCCUCUAGCGACCUAACAGGGAGCGCCGCUCCAGCCUCUCAAGGAUGGUGUUCAGCACAGUGAGACCAUGUCCUGGGAGUACUUGGAAGAAAGCUGCUAGAAGCCAUCAAGGUGCUGCACUCUGAUUGUCAUUCAUUGUUGCUGCUGUUAUUAACAGUUAGGGUCCUUAGUACUAGAGAAAUACAAAGUAGAAGCGGGAUUGGUACCAUCCUCAUCACCGUGAAGCUCCUGAUGGAGCUGGGUUUCUUCUCUCUGUCCUCUCCACAACUCCUCCCAGACACUGGGCCUUGAGCUGGUGAAGCAGGGUACCUGGGAGAGGAGGCAGAAGUUCCAGAAGGGGGUGGGCAGGGCCUUCCUCCUGCCUGGGUAUACCUGGCACUGCCCUUUCCUCAGGGCGUCUCCUCUGAAAGGUCAGAGGAAGUGCAGAGGGGAAACACUGCUAUCUUAGCUUCCUCCUUGGCAGCUGACUAAGCCAGGCUGAGCUCUGAUUUGAGGGCUAAAAGUCAGCAGGGCAAGCCCGCUAUAUAUAAUGUGACAACACAGGCCGUUUUUAUUGCAGAGCAGAUUUGUCAUUCAUUUGCUUGUUAAUUUAUUCACUCAACACACAGUGAGUGAGCUCAGACCAUAUGCCGGGCACUAUGUUAGGGCUGAGGCAUUAGUGCUUCAGUGGGGGAAUUCUUACCUCCCAUGUGGGAGGGCCAGUUCCUGGCCAGUGCAAACCCAUGCACAGCCGCAGCUCGUCUCCAGAGGCUUGCAUAUUACACAGGUUUCAGUGGGGCUUCCAGACUACAACAGACCAGGAAGAAAGGCCUGACAAUCUACUUCUGAAAAUCAGCCAAUAAAAGCCCUGCUGAUCACAAUGGUCUGAUCCCAUUGUGCACAGGAUGCCACGAGUUGGGUGACUCAAGAGCAGUGUCGUAGUUAUCUAGCGCUGCUCUAACAGAAAUACCACAACUGGAUGGCUUUCACAAACAAAAAUUUAUUUUCUCACAGUUUAGGAGGCUGGAAGUCUGAAUUCAGGGUGCUGGCUCUAGGGGAAGGCUUUCUCUGCCGGCUCUGGGGCAAGGUCCUUGUCUUUUCAGCUUGUUUCCUGGGUCCUUGGAGAUCUCCAUGUGGCCUGGCAUUUGUCUUCCCUCAUCUCUGCUUACUCCUUUUAUAUCGUAUAAGAGUUUGACUCUUGACACACCCUACACUAAUCCUGCCUCAUUAGCCUAACAGACAACUCAUUCCCAAAUGGGAUUACAACCACAGGCACAGAGGUUAGGGUUUACAGCACCUAUUUUGGGGAGACACAAUUCAACCCAUAACAGGCAGCUAGUUACAACAACACGUGAGAGUUGGGGAAGAAGCAGUGUCCAGAAGGUAGGGAUUGGCGAAGAACAGCUGACAUUCAGUUCAGGGAUGAGUGCCUGAGCCUGGUGACCCACAGUGAGUCCUGGUUGUGGCAGUGUUCCAGAGAAUCUGCAUUUGCCCCUGGAGGGCACCUUUAACCCCUAACGUCUGAGCUGGGAGAGGCCCUAGAAACCACUGCAGUGCAGCCCUGUGUGUUACCAAUGAGAUCGCGGCCUGGCAAGCAGCCUAGUGAGGAUAGCCAUGUCCUUUGCGGGAACUAGCCUUCUCCUGGGCAGGGCAUGAUGCCGAAGGCAUGCUCAGUCCCUGGGUUGGCAUCCCAGUGUUGCCCUCUAAAUUUACAAUCCCUGCUUACGUUCUGGAGCCUCUGAGUCUAAUGCGCAGAGAUGUCCCAUUGCUGGAAUACCUAUAAAAAGCCAAAAAACCAAACUCGUUUCCAUCUAGUCGAUUUCUCAUAGCGACUCUUUAGGACAGAGUAGAAUGGGGAUACCUACAGGAAAUCCAAAAGGCACCUUGGAACAAAAAAAAAAAAACUUCCAGAGAAAUCCUCCAGCUUCCCUUCCAGUCCUUACUUCUUGUUUCAGCCCGUCCAUCUUACUUCCCAGAGGUGGUGUGGAAUAAAGGGAUAAAGACGUGGGUUUAGCUUUAAUUCAGGGAGUACACAUGGCAUGCAUCUUUACUGAAGCUCAGUUUCCCCAUCUAUAAAGCAUGGACAGUGCCAUCUUUCCUUGUCUACCUUACAGACUGUUGUGAUAGACAAAUGACACACUGUAGGUAAAAGCAUUUCAUAAAUAGUACAGUGCUAGAUACAGGUAAGGCUUGUUAUUCCAGUGCCCUCUUCUGAUUUCCUGCUCUCUGCUUCAGUCCCUGUCUGUGCUCCCCAGCCCUUGAUCCCACUUCCCAGAACAUUCUUCAUGUUCUGUCACUGUCACCUCCAGAUUCUGCUCUCACUGCCCACUCCCUCUUUGCCUGGCUCAAGACCUAAAACGACACUGGUAGCAUCCUGAAUAAUAACAACAAUAUGAACUAACAGUCAUUAAUUUUGUGCUAGGUAUUACACUUGGAUUAUUUCACUUAAAAUUCCCAGCGAGCAAUGAGGCCAAUGCCAGUAUUGUCUUCAUUUUACUGAUUAAUAGGUAGAUAGCUACUGUGGCAUCGACUGCAACUCACUGUGACCUUAUGUGCAACAGAAUGGAACACUGGCCAGUCCUGUGUUAUCCUCACAAUCACCAGCAUGGUCGAGUUCAUGGUCAUGGCUGUUGUGCCGAUCCAUCUCACCUAAGUUCUCCUUCCCCCUUGCUGGUCUUCUGCUUUACCAAACACGUCUUCUUCCAGCAAUCGAUCCCUCCUGAUGACGUGUCCAAAGCAAACGAGUCAGACAAUGUUCUGUUGUGAUUCUUAAGAUUUUAACUAGCUAAUCCUUGGGAGUAGAUGGCCAACCCUUUCUUCCUAGUCUUUCUUAGUCUCAUAGCUCUGCUGAAACCUGUCCGCCAUGGGUGAUCCUAUUGGCAUUCGAAAUACUGGUGGCAUAGCUUCCAGCAUCACAGUAUGACAAACUGAUAGAUGGGUGGAGGUACUGUUUAAUAAAGAAAUUCAAGAGAUAUGAUGCUGAAACCCAACCUGAACGAAGGUCUUGCCCAUUUAUGGGCUUCCUCUUUCCUCUGCUGAGCAGCUAAGUGACUGGUUGACAAGAACACUGAGAGAUUCAACAGCAUUUAUUGAAUGUCGACUAAAUGCCACCUGCUUUCACAUUAUGUCACAGCAACCACCGUCUGAGACAGGUACAGGAUUUGUCUUAGAGAUCAUCUGGUUGCAAGAACAGAAACCCAUUCAAAGGAGCAAAAGUAAAAGUGGGCUUUACUGAAAGGUUAGAGUCCCCGGUGGUGCCAAUGGUAAACACACUCAGCUGCUAACCAAAAGGUUGAAGGUUUGAGUCCACCCAGAGGCACUUCUGAAGAAAGGCCUGCUAAUCUACUUCUGAAAAAUCAGCCAUUGAAAACCCUGUGGAACACAGUUCUACUCUGACACGUGUGGGGUCACCACGAGUGGGAAUUGACUCCAUGGCAACUAGUUUGGUUUUGGUCUUUUAUUAGGAGGUUACAGGGAGGUAUCACAGAACUUAAGUGUGGAAGUGUAGCCCCAUGUGGGCUGUACUUUCUCCCUUGGGCUGCGAGCACUUUCUUCUGCACAUGGGCUCCUCUGCCCCCUCAUCCACAUGCACAGGACCCUUCAUAGCUAACUAAGCGUCUGACUUAGUCUUUAAGUCUGUAUCACCUUCUUGCUUAGCUCUUUGAAGUACGUUAACUCAGUCCCUCACCCCACAUGCCAAGAGGUGCUGAUUCCCACUUAGGUCUGCUGUCCACUCCUGCUCCAGUCAUCUGUGGCCUGUGGAGGGGGAUGGGGAUUAACACAAACAUGGCUGCCCAGGCCUGUCUUUUUAAUAGGGGCUGUAGGUAGAAGCAGAGUCCUUGGUUGUCAUCAAUGGUUAAAGGCUAGGCUGCUAACCCAGAGGCACCUCGGACGAAAGAUCUGGCAGUCUACUUCUGAAAAAAUCAUCCACUGAAAACCCUAAGGAGUACAGUUCUACUCUGACAUGCGUGGGGUCUUGGUGAGUCAGAAUUGACUCACCAGCAACUGGUUUAUGGGUAAGAGCUGAAGUUUCUAGAAUGGAAACUCCAUGACCUUGCCCAUUGCCGUUGAGUCGACUCCGACUCAUAGCCACCCUAUAGGACAGAGUAGAACUACCCUAUAAGGUUUCCAAGGAGUGGCUGGUGGAUUCAAACUGUCACCCUUUUGGUUAGCAGCCAAACACUUAAACCAGUGCACCACCAGGGCCCCUCCAUGACCUUGGGUGGAUUCAAACCCAAGUCCACCAGGCUCUGACAUCAUGCACUUCAUCACACCAAACUGUCUGUAGGACAUCAUGUAGAUUAUGUCCUGGUAGAAGUCCCCAAACAAGAGGGUGUGUGAAUCAUCCCACAAUCUAGGGGUUCAGGUGGCCUGGAAAAAUAGUAUUACCAUUUUUGAACCUUGUGUGCCAGGCAUAUUAUAUACAAUAUCUUUAAUCCUUACAACCUUACAAUACCCCUAUAACAUGUUGUUGUCACCAUUUUAUAGCUAAGAAAGCUAACACCUAGUGAGUUAGGUAGCUUACUCAGAGGUCAUCUGGCUGGUUUGGGUUGGGGCCAAUAUUGACCUAGGCCUCUCUGACACCAAGGCCCAUGCCCCUUUCUACUUUACAAUAUUGCUUUUCUAAAGGAGACUAUUUUGCUUUGAUUUUGCUAGAACGUAUGCUCCUUGAGGGCAAGAUCUUAGUUUUCUUGUCCCAAGCACCUAGAACAGUGCCUGGCACAAAGUAAGUGCUCAGUAAAAACAGUUGAUUGGAUUUUUUUUUGGUACCUCUUGCAUUCCUAGGCUUCCCAAGGCCAGAAGGGAAGGCUCAUAGUCUACGUCUUGGAGAAUGGGCCACUGAAAUUAUUUGAGGCAGGUUUGUGGGUGAGCCUGUGACCCUACUCAACUCCCAGUCUACUUUGAUGGGGGAUAUUAGGAGUAGUCCCAUGAUGGAGGAACUAAAGGAAAGUAUGACCCCCAGAUUCUUCUGUGUUAACUGUCCUGUAUAUCUGACCUAACCCUAUGAGAGAAGCAGGUAAAGGGAAGUUUCCCUAGCCCUGGAAAAUCCACUUAGUGGAACUAGGAAAUAGGAUACAAAAGUCCUAUGUUGCUAGAGAAAAAAAGUGCUAAUUUCCACUGAGUUUUCAGCCCCAGGGUCAGAGUUUACCAGGCCUUGAGUCUCUUCCUGUGCCUUUCUCUAUAGCAAUGCGCUGUGUCCCAAUCACCAAGUUGGCCUUCCCAACCCCAGCAGCGUGGUGUUAUAUAAAAACAUAGGUUUGGGGUGGUAAGAUGGAACUGGGUUCACAUCUCUACCUAGCAAGCUGUAUGGUCAUGGGCAAAUUAUUCAACCUCCUAGACUCUCCAUUUUCUCUGUAAAAUUCUCAAUGAGUUUUAAUUUCUGCUCUUUCUUUCUUCCAUGUCCCCCUUCCUCUUCCCUGGGCCCUGGCAAGAGUCUGCUCACCUGCUCCCUGCAAACCUUUGGGCCAAGUGCAUUUAUAAAGGGUCAUAGCCCCUCAUCUCCCAGUAAUUGAAAGCUCCAACGGCCCCAGCUUCCUGCAACUCUCCACCACAGGGCCUACAGGGGCUGAUCAAGGGAGCCAGCAUCUCCACAUUGCAGGUUGCCCUCUCUGUGCAAGCUCUAGGAUUCUGCUUGGUGAUUGAGCAACAAGAGUCCUGGAAUAAGGCGGAGCAGAGGGUGGAGAGCUGCAGCCAGAUCACCUUGUUAGCUCUUGCCCUGCAUUCCUCUCCUGGGAGUAGAUGCUGUGAGAGCCAAGGCUGGGAAAUCUCUUGUUAAUGGUGGGAGUCAGACUAGGUAACAAUGUUGUACUUGCUUGUAGGGGCUGUGGCCAAGGGUGCCAUUACUACUGGGUCACCCAAACCAGCUGCCAGCUACCACUGGGAUUGAGUAGUCCACGUGAUAAACAGGCAAGAGCUUCAUAGUCUGGGAUUCCUCACACCCCCCUCUCCCCAACACACCUACACAUCCAGACUUUAGCUGGUAUGAAAUGGCAGCUCAGCCAAGAUAAUGCAUGGAUUGGAACUUGCCUCUCCUGAGCUGGAAUGUGCUUGGCAUUGAGUGGCUGGGUUUGGUCCCAGUUCUUGCUCCUGCUUCCUAUGGAUCACUUAAGUACCUCAAGCUCUCUUGCGUUCGGGGAACUUCUCCAGUCCCCUCCAAGGGAUGGUAUCAAAUGAUGGAAGAUGCUGUCAGAGGACAUGAUCUGAGACUUAGAGAGAGACCAGGGUAUGAAUAUUAGCUGAGAGCUCAUGUGAAUAGGCCUAUGGCAGCAUGGCUGCUGAGAUGCAGCGUUUGCCAAGCCCACUCACCGGCCUGGGAGCUCCUUGAAAGGAGGAGUGGUGCAUUAGUCAUCUCUAGACCUAUGCCUAAGUGAACACAGGCUUUGGUUCACAGAAUCAUGAUUAGUAACGGUUGGAUGGAUGGGUGAAUAAAUAAAUAAGGAAAUAUAAAUGCUUCUUUAAACUAGAGGUAAGACCAUAGAAAAGUUUACUUUCUUCCUCCUUGCGGCCACCGUCCCUAGUUCAACACCUUAUUAUCUCAUGUGUGAAUAAUUGCAAAGACCUCCUAGUGAUAGGUGGGGUGGUUUAAAGGAACAAGUUCUAGACUAGAAGUUGAGAGACCUGGGGACUGAGCCAUUAAGUUGCUCUAUCACUUUUGGGAAAUCACAGAAACCUUCUGGGCUUCCAUUUGUUCAUGUGUAAAAUAAAUACUUGGGCUAAAUGUACUUUGAGGACAUUUUAACUCUAAAAUUCUCUACCUCCUCCUACCCAAACAACCCUGUGGAUUCAUUAUAGUUGGUUGCCAAAACUUAAAAAUAAGAUUUUACAUAGAAAACCGAUCUUCUUGCUUCUUCUGGAAAAUCAGAUGCUUUGACAAUAUUGGACCUACCUUUUCUCCAUGGAAACCAUCCGUGGGAGCUGAGUAACCGAUGCCCCCGUUGAGACAGAGCAUGCGCUUUCUCGCUUGCUGCAGGCUCCGCCUCUUCCCAUUGCCUAACGCUUGGCCUGCCUCACUCAUUUUUGUUCCCUGCCUAGUCCCUGUAGACAUUUGAAUUUGCAGACCUAGAAUAAGGAGAACAAAACUUCUAAGGGCUGUCACCUAGGAUGACAGCCAGAAACCAGCUCUCCUGCCUCGCUGGGCUUAGGUGGCAGAGACUGGGGGAGUCUUCCUGGGAAGUCGGUGACUGGGGUGUGAAAAGGAACAGCACCCAGUGCCCCAGGAGGCUUUGCUUAGGGACUUGGCCUCCCAGAAUUGCUGAGCCCUUGUCCGAGGAAGCUGGCCCCCUCUCACCUACCUCCCCCUCCUCGGACACAUGCUGAAAGCCUGUGAGGAUCCCUGAGGGCCACCUCUGUAUAACCCUGUGUGGCCACUACUCUGUGGUAGAGAAAACUGGGCUCACUUUUAGAACUUUGGCAAUGAGGAUGGUUCUUUUUCCACUUACAGUAUCCACUUUUUCUGGCGUCCAACCGCUAUCAGUGUCUUUGGCAAAAAACAGGUCAGCCCAUUGGAAGGCCGAACUACUUAAGUACAACGUGAGGCGAUCGAGGAUCCCAGCUACAGUCAGAUGGGUCAAGUGCACUUUCUCCUGUUAGCCUGCCUCAGUUUACCUCGAGCACCUAUUGCUAUAAACAGUUGCAUUUUAGAGCUCCGCCGGCUGGCCCUAUUUCAGAGCCCCCAUCCCAAAAUUCCUUUAGGCCAACUAGGGUCUAACUUUUUCCCAGUGCAAGCCAGAGCUGUUUCUCACUCAGCUCCUUAGCCUCUGAGGAGGCAAAGAUAAUCCUGUCUGAGCCCUAGGACUAUGCUUUGUUUUAGGGCUACGCUGCCUGUCUGUUACCCCAGCCAGGUAGACAAUCCCCAGCUUACCCACUUGCAGAAUUUUCUUUUCCUACUCUCCAUUUGUAAGCUUUUCCUAAUGGCUGUUGAUUAUAGUUUGAUCUGUUAUUCUGUGGUCUGAUCUAGUUUUGUUUUUUCCAAAAGGCACCUAUAUUUCCUUUCAACAGCCUUGUAUUGUUCACUGGGUAUCGCUCCGCUCCUCGGUGUCACCCUUCCCUUCUAUUAUUUUCCUUUUCAUGUAAAACUGACCCAUCUAAAACCCAGCCCACAUUAGGAUUGUUCUUGUCCCAGCCACUGUCAGAGACAUCUACCCUCUCAAGAGAGCUUUUUGUUGCUUUCUCAACGUCUUUUAAUCCAAAUGGUGAAUUCUUGGCCUGAUGUGUUUUUGUGUAAGAUAUUUACCUUUUUUUUUUUUUUCUGAGUAUAAAAGUAAUAGGUAGAGACCAAAGUUGUUAGUGGUUACCAGGGACAGGAGAGAGGGAGGGGAAAAGGGAACAGACUGUUUAGGGGGCACUGAGCUUCUAUGAAGCGUUCUAAGACAAUUUGGAAACGGAUAAUGGUAAUGGUUGAACAACAUGGUGAACGUAACUAAUGGCACUGAAUUGUACAUGUGAAGAAUGUUGAAAAGGCAAACGAUUGGUUACAAUAUAUUUACAAUUAAAAAAAAGAGAGAGGGCAAAGGCAACAUGGCAGAGGUAGUAGUGUAAUUUUUGAACAAAAACAGCAAUACAUAAAAAUGUCUAACAUUUACUGAGUGCUUACUAUAUGUCAGGCAUGAUGUCAAGUGCUAACAAAAUUGCAUGACCUCAUUUCCUCCUCGUGACAACCCUACAAGGAAGGUGCCAUUGCUCUUCCCCUUUUCUAAAGAGGAAACUGAGGCUCAGAAAGAUAAAAUGCUUUAUCCAGGGUUCCACUGCUGCUAAGUGGUAGAUCUGGGGUUUAAACCAUGUUUUUCAAACUCCAGAGUCUAAGCUCUGUACUGCUUCCACACAGGAUCAUUCUAGAAACUUUGGAAAAUUCAGAAAAGCGUAAAGAAGAAAAUAAAAUUCCAAUAAGCCUAGAGAUAAUUGUUAACAUUUUGGUGUAUCUCCUUUUAUUCUUUUAUAUAGUAUGUGAGUGAGGGCUUUUUUUUUUUUUUUUUUUUAACAAAUUUUGGAACACAUAGAAUAUCAAGUUUUGGAUUCUGUUGUUUUCCUACUCAAUACUAUAUCAUGGUCAUUUUUCGAUGUCAUAAGGAGCUAGCCACCCACCAGCCCCAAACAUGGUCCAAUGGAAUCCGUUAAUAGUGAGCAACCAGAGGUGGAAAGUGUGGUUUUAGAAAGGAAAUAAAGAUGCCGAUGCCCUCAGUCUUUGCCUUGAAAGGUGACAGUCUGGGGCCAGCCUGGGUGGGGCACAGAGGUCUGAGCCGAGAUGAAGAGAUCAGAGGGAGAGAAGGCUGGGAACUCGUGGGUAGCCUUUGAGAAGUCUCUUCCCUCCAUCUGUGUGUCUGGAUCCCACACAAAGGUGUGAGGAGAUGAGCAGGCUGACUAGUGUUUGAAGUGGGAGUUAAAACGCAAAGUGGCUUUUACACAGGCCCAGCUAAAGGCCAGGCUUUCUGGAAGAAGACAUGGAGUACUCUAAAUAAAGCCCCCUAUAAACCUGGGAGUGGGAUUACUCAUGGCAGAGAGCUGGCCCCUCCUUCUGGGUUUGGGCUCCCACACCUGCCUCUGGUUGGAGAAAACUGUGCGAGGCUUCCCUGCCUUUGUUCCUUUAAAUGCGUAUGUGUGAAAGACAGCCUUAGUAUAUUUAUCUGUGGCUGUAUUUUUAAAGAAACUUCUUUUAAAAAAUCAUCCGAGAGCAGGGAGGGGGAGAGAGGAAGGAGAUAGAGCAGGAGGCUGUCACCAACUGGAAGAUAGUUUCUAGUGUCUGCUGUGGGGAUGCAGGGCCUCUGUGCUUGGGGCAGGCAGCUGAACACACCUCAGUAAGGAUGUAAGGAUGCUUUGGAAGGAAGCCGGGGGUGCUGGCUCUUGGAGGUUGCAUGAACCAGCUAUCAUAAAUGCAAGGGUGACAAACAGCCCUGGUGGCUCCCAUGAGAGUUUUCCAGGCUGGUUUAAUGAACAGGUGUUCAGUACAGGAUCAAGGGCUAGGACAUGAAGUCUGGGGCUCUUCCAUGGGCUGCCACCACCUUGCUGUGUGACUCUGGAGAAGCUCUCACCACUCUGCUCAUAAUCAGUCCAUUGGUCCACAGGGAGAUUUCACCCUCCACCCUCCUCCUUCCUGGGCACCUUAGGGAGAUACAUGAGAAAAUGGAGGGAGAGGCUUUGGAUUUCCAUUUUGAAGAUUAUUACAACAGUUACCCCAGAACCUCCUGCAAGAGCAAAGCAAGAGAAUGGGGUGUUAUUGUUGGACUUGUCACUUAACUGCUGAACUGAAGCUUUUUCACCCUCCUUAAAGUGUCAGAUAACAUAAUCCUGGAUACUUUACAGUAUUAUUAUAAGAAUCAAUGGAGAUAAUGGAUAUGAAAGUGCUUUGUCUACCUACAAAUGUAUAGAUUAUUAUGGGGAAGCCCCUCCUCACUCACCUUACUCUCCUGAGGCUUGGAAGGCCAUUUCUCCAGCUCAUUAAAAAUUUGAGCCUUCUUUCUUGGGUAGGGCUGGUUCCUCCCCUGUUGUAGAUGGGAGACUGCAUCCCAGCAAGUGUGAACGACUCGCUUAAGGUGGAUGAAAAAUCUGGGAGUUCUGGGGUAGGAAGAAGAGUCCCUAAAUUGAAUUCUCCUCUCAACCAUGCCACUAGCUAGCCCUGCGACCUCAAUCUCUGAGCCUCAGUUUACUCAUCUGUCGCUUGUUUCCUAAGCACAAAGGACUGUUUUGAUAAUCUAGGGGUGAAGAGUACAGAAUCUUACUUAAAGUGCUUUGAGAAGUUAAAAGUUUAUGUGUAAAAGGGAUGGUCUUAGAGAUCAGAAGUGUUCCUAAGGACAUUGAGAGGAGUUAGUCUUUGAGUUAGACUUGUUAGCUGCCAUCCAGUAGGCCCCUGACUCAGGGCGGCCUCAUAGGCAACAGAAUGAAACAGUGACCGGUCUCCUGCACCAUUAGCUGCAGAACACCAUUAGCUGUUGUAAUCUGCAGGGUUUUCAUUGGCUGAAUUCCAAAAGUAGAUCUCCAGACCUUCCUUUCCUAGUCUGGAAGCUGGCUGGAACAUGCAAUCCUCCGCUGACUGCAGGGUGGUGGCUCGAACCCCUGUCUCGCACGUGGAAGGUGAGAAUUCUACCACCGAACCACCACUGCUGAGUAAGACUAGAAGCCCUAGAUCUCUGUUAUGUCCAAACUGGAAGGGGCGUAACUCAACCCCACAAUUUUACAGAUGAGAAAAAUUGAGGCCAAGGAGACCACGUGGUCCCGGGUUCAGUCCCUGCUUUGGGGCUCAGGUUCCCCGUUUGCCCAGUGGGGUGCUCUCUAGUGUACCUCCCCCUCCUCCCAGCGCUGCAGUGAGGACUGAUGAGAUCAUUCAAUCUGUAGAUAUACUGUAAUAUCCUGCGUUGAAGCCUCUCAGAUUUUACCACACAGCCUUCCCUUCCACCUGAUAUAAACAGUGUCUUUAACCUUGACAUCCCAGAAUCACUCCCGUUUUUUCUCUGUGGUCUGACAGCAACCACCCAUCGAUUAAUCAGCAUCUAUUUUUUUUUUAUCAAGAGUUCUCGCUGAGUAAAGUGUGGGGCUAGCCCCUGUACCCAGGGGUCAUGAGCCCAGGGAGGGGGCUCUGGAGGAAACGAUGCUGAGAAGCCAGCCUGAGAAGCCAGCCGGGCCACUGAAACCACAGCUUGUUGCUGAGUGUUUUAAGUGAGGCCAGGUGAAGGGCGCGGUGAGAAUUUGCAGGGUUACCAGGGCGGCCUCAGGCUGAAGGGUGGAGAUUCCUCCCCAGGGUGCGGUGCCUGGAGGACCACGGUCCUGGGGGAAGGCGGGUGCUGCUUCGUGGGCUGGGCCACGGUGAGUCAGUGGCCCCCUCCCUGAGCGGUUGCCGGUUGGCUGGGGUGGGGCCAGCCCGUCUUAUUUUGGGCGUCUGUGCUGAGCCAGGCCUCUAAAGAGCUAAGGCGUUUGUUUCCAGCUGCUGGGGCCGCGCCUGGGAGCGGAGCUCCACGGGCGCCUGCGGCUGAGACCGCCAGGGCAGACGGCAGCAGAGAGCCAGUUGUCAUCGGUAUCCAGGGAGCCCUCCUCUUCCUCCUCCUUCUCCUGCCGCCUCGCUACCACCACAGUUGCUGGUUGUUGCUAAGAUUGCCUCCAUAGUAACAUGCACAUCCUGUUUAUACCUCCAUGUGGCCAAAGCAGUCUGAGCUAGGAACCUACCUACCCUGGACAACCACUUCCAUCACCACCUGGGGACGCCAAUCAUUGUGACACGUGGUCCGGCUUCCACUCCCUUCCCCCAUUCUCUUCCUCCUCUCUCUGCCAGGCUUCACACACAAGGAAGAAUCUGGGCUUGGAGCUGCUACUGUGAAGUUUAUUGCACAAGAUAUAGCCGGUCUGAUUCCUAACUAGGCCCCCAGAGAAGCAAAAAGUAGGGAUAAGUGGGGGCAGGAAGGCAAGAGACCCUGAUCAGAGGAAGGGAAACUCCACAUCUUCUCUGGUUGAGAGGCUUGGUAACAGCAGGCAAAAUGACGAACCCAUCAGAACAUGCCUUGGCGGCCAACUCGAUGGUUGACAGCCGUGAAGGGGACUUUGGCUGCUCGGUGAUGGACCUGAGGAAGCUCAUGGAGCUGCGUUCGACCGAUGCAAUGAACCAGAUUCAUGACCACUAUGGAGAUGUACAGAAUAUCUGCACUAGACUGAAAACCUCCCCCGUGGAAGGUCUAUCUGGGAACCCUGCGGAUCUGGAGAAACGUAGGCAAGUGUUUGGCCAGAACUUGAUUCCCCCCAAAAAGUCCAAGACCUUCUUAGAAUUAGUGUGGGAAGCCCUUCAAGAUGUCACACUUAUCAUCCUGGAGAUCGCAGCCAUCAUCUCCCUGGUCCUGUCCUUCUACCGCCCCCCUGGUGGAGACAACGAACAAUGUGGGCAAGGCGCAAGUACCCCAGAAGAUGAAGGGGAAGCAGAAGCCGGCUGGAUCGAGGGGGCGGCCAUCCUGUUCUCAGUGCUCAUCGUGGUGCUAGUGACUGCCUUCAAUGAUUGGAGCAAAGAGAAGCAAUUUCGGGGCUUGCAGAGCCGCAUUGAACAGGAGCAAAAAUUCUCCAUUAUCCGAAAUGGCCAGAUCAUCCAACUUCCUGUGGCUGAGAUCGUGGUGGGUGACAUCGCCCAAAUCAAAUAUGGUGACCUGCUGCCUGCAGAUGGGAUCCUGAUCCAGGGGAAUGAUCUGAAGAUUGACGAGAGCUCUCUGACUGGGGAGUCAGAUCAUGUCAAGAAGUCCUUGGACAAAGACCCCAUGCUGCUCUCAGGGACCCAUGUCAUGGAAGGUUCUGGCCGAAUGGUAGUGACUGCUGUUGGUGUCAACUCCCAGACCGGAAUCAUCUUUACCCUCUUAGGGGCCAGUGAGGGAGAUGGGGAGGAGAAGAAGAAGAAAGGUAAAAAACAAGGAGUCCCUGAAAAUCGCAACAAAGCAAAGACCCAGGAUGGAGUGGCCCUGGAGAUCCAACCACUCAAUAGCCAGGAAGGGAUCGACAGUGAGGAAAAGGAGAAAAAGGCAGCAAAGAUGCCCAAAAAGGAGAAAUCAGUGCUGCAGGGCAAGCUGACGCGCUUGGCUGUCCAGAUCGGGAAAGCUGGUUUGAUCAUGUCAGCUAUCACGGUUCUCAUCCUGAUUCUCUACUUUGUGAUUGACAACUUCGUGAUACAGCAGAGGCCAUGGCUAGCUGAGUGCACGCCCAUCUACAUCCAGUACUUUGUCAAGUUCUUCAUCAUCGGCGUCACUGUGCUGGUGGUGGCUGUGCCAGAGGGGCUGCCACUGGCUGUCACCAUCUCACUGGCCUACUCUGUGAAGAAAAUGAUGAAAGACAACAACCUAGUGCGGCACUUGGAUGCGUGUGAGACCAUGGGCAAUGCCACAGCCAUUUGCUCUGACAAGACUGGCACAUUGACCAUGAACCGCAUGACUGUGGUACAGGCCUAUAUUGGUGGCACUCGCUACCAUCAGAUCCCAAGUCCUGACGCCCUCGUGCCCAAGGUCCUGGACCUUAUUGUCAAUGGCAUUUCUAUCAACAGUGCCUAUACCUCCAAGAUUUUGCCUCCAGAGAAGGAGGGAGGCCUGCCUCGGCAGGUGGGUAACAAGACUGAGUGUGCGCUGCUGGGCUUUGUCACAGACCUGAAGCAGGAUUACCACGCGGUGCGCAGUGAGGUACCUGAGGAGAAGCUCUAUAAAGUGUAUACCUUCAACUCGGUGCGCAAGUCCAUGAGUACAGUCAUUAGGACGCCCACCGGCGGCUUCCGCAUGUACAGCAAGGGCGCCUCCGAGAUCAUCUUACGCAAGUGUAAUCGAAUCCUGAACAAGGAAGGGGAUGCAGUGCCUUUCAAGAGCAAGGACCGCGAUGAGAUGGUGCGCACUGUCAUUGAGCCCAUGGCCUGUGAGGGGCUCCGGACCAUCUGCAUAGCUUACCGGGAGUUCAAUGAUGCAGAGCCCUUAUGGGACAAUGAGAAUGAAAUCCUUACUGAGCUCACCUGCAUUGCAGUGGUGGGCAUCGAGGACCCCGUGCGCCCAGAGGUGCCAGAAGCAAUUGCCAAAUGCAAACGAGCUGGCAUUACUGUCAGAAUGGUGACCGGUGACAACAUCAACACAGCUCGGGCCAUCGCCACCAAAUGUGGCAUUCUGACACCUGGGGAUGACUUCCUGUGCUUAGAAGGCAAAGAAUUCAACCGACUCAUCCGCAACGAGAAGGGCGAGGUAGAGCAAGAAAAGCUCGACAAGAUCUGGCCUAAGCUUCGAGUCCUGGCGCGAUCUUCCCCCACUGACAAGCACACACUGGUGAAAGGCAUCAUUGACAGCACUGUGGGGGAUCAGCGGCAGGUGGUGGCUGUCACUGGUGAUGGCACAAAUGACGGGCCAGCUCUGAAGAAAGCAGACGUUGGUUUUGCCAUGGGUAUUGCAGGCACAGAUGUAGCAAAGGAGGCAUCAGAUAUCAUCCUGACAGAUGACAACUUCACCAGCAUUGUGAAGGCAGUGAUGUGGGGACGAAAUGUUUACGACAGCAUCUCCAAGUUCCUUCAGUUCCAGCUCACUGUGAACGUGGUGGCCGUGAUCGUGGCCUUCACUGGAGCUUGUAUCACUCAGGAUUCUCCAUUGAAAGCUGUGCAGAUGCUGUGGGUUAAUCUAAUCAUGGACACUUUUGCCUCAUUGGCCCUGGCCACAGAGCCUCCGACAGACUCUUUGUUGAAGCGUCGCCCCUACGGCCGACAUAAGCCUCUGAUCUCACGUACUAUGAUGAAGAACAUCUUGGGUCAUGGAGUCUAUCAGCUCACUGUCAUCUUUCUCCUUGUCUUUGCUGGUGAGAAAUUCUUUGACAUUGACAGUGGCCGAAAGGCACCUCUACACUCACCACCCAGCCAACACUACACCAUCGUUUUCAACACCUUCGUGCUGAUGCAGCUCUUCAAUGAAAUCAACUCCCGCAAGAUCCACGGAGAGAGGAAUGUCUUUGCAGGCAUCUUCCGCAACCCCAUCUUCUGCUCUGUGGUCUUGGGCACAUUCGUCAGCCAGAUUAUCAUUGUGGAAUUUGGGGGCAAGCCCUUCAGUUGCACAGGGCUCACCCUGUCCCAGUGGUUCUGGUGUCUCUUCAUCGGGAUUGGAGAGCUGCUGUGGGGCCAGGUAAUCUCUGCGAUACCUACCCAAUCCCUGAAGUUCCUGAAGGAGGCUGGGCAUGGCACCACCAAAGAGGAAAUCACCAAGGAUGCUGAGGGGCUGGAUGAGAUUGACCAUGCCGAGAUGGAGCUGCGCCGAGGCCAGAUCCUUUGGUUCCGGGGCCUGAACCGUAUCCAGACUCAGAUCGACGUAGUUAACACAUUCCAGACGGGAGCCUCUUUUAAGGGAGUCCUAAAGCGACAGACCAUGGGUCAACAGCUUGAUGUAAAACUUGUUCCUAGCUCAUCCCAUAUCAAAGUGGUCAAAGCGUUCCAUAGUUCCCUCCAUGAAAACAUUAUGAAACCUGCGAACCAAAACUCCAUCCAUGACUUCAUGACCCACCCUGAAUUCGCCAUAGACGAGGAGGGGCCGCGAACGCCAGUCCUGGAGGAGCAAGAGGAGGAAAACCCUGAAAAGAUUUUUAAGUCUGGGACGAGGGUGUUCCCAAUUGAUGACGACGAAGUCACGCCAUAUGCCAACAAAAACAACAACGCAGUGGAUUGCAACCAAAUGCAGAUUGUUGACUCCCACUCGGACAGCCCUCUACACAGCCUGGAGACGUCAGUUUGAACAUUCGUUCUCUGACUUUUCCCCUGCUUUCUCUAUUUCCUUUUUCAUCUAUCCUGUCUAUAAGGUAAUGAUGGGACUGAAAACUGUCGGGUCAGCUGCUCCCAAGUAUGUGUGAACCCCACCUAACCAUGAAGAGGCAAGAGCAGAGACUGACAAGGGUUUCACCUUAAACUUGAAUUGGGGUUUGUAGCAGGACCCAGUCAAACCCCAGGCAGGUGAUGGUAGAAUCUACUCCUUGGGUGUAUCAGUUGCUAUUUUUAAAGAAAUGAUGAUGGUCCUCUUGGCAACACUCCAAUCCAAAUUCUUCCCCAAUAUCCACACAUAUGUUGCCAUCUCCUGACUUCUGGAGCUUACCCUGUGAGUCUGUGCCACUUGUAAGCUGAGGGUUCAGGGAGAGACAGAUAUCUUCAAUUGAAAUGUGUUGAGGUUGGAAUGGAAUGUGUAGAAUCAGCCUGAAGAGUGAUUUUUUUUUAAACAAUUCUUUCCAUUUUGAAAAUUUAUACCUAAAGCCCCCUAACUCUUUCUGCCCUUCCUGUCACACCUCCCUAAGGCCCUUUUGGUCUUUUGUCACUCUUGUCUUCCUUUUCCUUCACGUGUGUGCGUGUGCGUACGUGUGUACGCGUGUGCAUGUGUGAUGAUUUAGAAAGUAGAAAGCGCAUGGGUGAGUUGAAUAAACUUUGACCAAUCUCCUCUCUGGCCCCAGUGAAACCCUUGGUGUAUUUCCAGAGGCAGAGGGGUUCUUUGCUGAAAGGGUCUUUUUGAAGCAAUGGAGAGCCAGUUUCAUCGUUGUUGCCAGGUUGCCUUCUACUUCUAAACUGCCAACUUGUCAGGUGUGUGUGGUUUUUAAGUGCCAGAGAGAGCAGCCUUGACCACGAAGCUUAUAUAUGUGUGGUAUGCAGUUUUUACCCUAGACCUAAGCUUUCUCUUAAUCCUAAACUGGUGGAAAAAGAAUGAAUGUGGUACGGACCUGCCUCUUAACUGGCCUUGAAUAUUGAGAACCAGGAGCUGGCAGAUCCUGGGCUCCUUCUUGGGGUGACCACUGCUGCUUGCAAAGCCAUCUGCCAAAGCACUCCCAGGGCAGGAUCUGAUUGUUGGAUGAGUGCGUGUUGAGAAGCCUUUUUUGCUGGAGGCCAAAGGGCCAUUCUAGCAGGAUCUGAGAAAACCUUCCUGCAGGGACCAGAAACCUUGCCUGGGUACUAGCUUUAACGUGCUCUUCAGUUUUCUCACUCUGCUCUUUGCUGUACCUCAUAACUUGUCCAGUCUCUGAGAAGGUCCCAGUCUUUCUUAAAUAUUUUGAUUUUGAAACUAUGUACCCAACAUGAGAGGCUCCAGUGAUAUUUUGUUGACUUAAAGGAGCAAAAGACACCCCUUGAAAAGUUGCUGUUCUCCCUCUCUUCUUUUUCACACGUGUCCCACUGAAGCCCUCUCCAGCAACGCACUCUGACUACUGCACAAUACAGCUCUGUGCCUCCGCCCCCCAGCACUGCCUGAAGUGCCCUCUUCCCCCCUGCCCUGCACCCACCUCUCAGGAGUUGAAGACUUUGCUAGGGAAUUUUUAAAGUGUUCCUUAGAGGGACAAGGUGGAGCCACAUUUACAGGAGCUCCAUUUUCAUCCUGCUGCCGUUGACUUAGCUCUUCUCUGCAGGGGUUAGCGCAUGUCUGCCAAUUCCUAUCCCCCAGUAGAUCACGAAAGCCCCCUCUUUCUAGAGCGGUGGUCGCAGGGAGAAGGGGCUUGAAGCUCUGAUAAACUGCCAAAUUUCCAUUUGUGAGAGAAAGGUGUCCUGGACCUAUCCGCUCCAGUUUUUAUUUCUGGAUCCCUCCUCCCUCACCCCUUUCACAUAAGCUGUCCAAGGUAGGAGGAGUCAAGAAAUUAAUACCCCUUACAAAAUCCCAUUACUACACAAUUCAUCACUGUAGGAAAUAGAAAAACAAAUCUGAUUUUGGUUUUGUAAGAGUUACAUGCUUCAGUGAUCUUUUCUCUGUUUUAAAUACUCCGGGGCGGGAAGACGCUCGCCCGAGGUGGUAGGUGUUCCCUUACGUAUUUAUUAAGUACAUUGGAAAGUUUAGUUUCUUCAAGUCUUUUAUUACCUCAGAUCGGUUUUAAAAAAUAAGCCAAUAACAAACGCUGGAGGCUAUUUUACCGUUUCUGCUCCCAAAAGACUCUCAUGGUGCCUGACAGGUUACUCUUGAGGGCUUGUGUCUACUUUUCUAAAGCCAAUGGUUUUUUUGUGUUCUAGUUUCCAUAGUAGAAGAAGAAUAUAUAGAAAUAUUAUGCAAAAAUAUAUAGUUUUCUUUAGAUCAGAAACUGAUAUUUUUGAGUCAGCCAUAUGUAUUUUGUGUAAAGGAUUUAAAUAAAGUGCCGUCAUGUGACCCUGCAGAAGGCAGCGCGUAACCAGCAGUUUGACAUGACUGGUGACUGAGCACAUUUGUAAUUGGUUUAAAAACCAACACACCGUACACGCUUUCUCCAAACAGCCAUCUUUAUACUUCGGAAAAAAAAAAAAAUUGGUGGGUUCUAGACUUUUUUAAUAUAAACUUUGUUGAUACAAAAUUGAGUAAGUUUAAGUGUUUAUGUGCAUAUGUUUUUUAAUAUAAGUUUUUUCUAUUCAGUUUCCGUAAUCCAACUGGCAAUGAGUAAAUAUGGCAUAAGUUAAUACAGCUUUCCCCCAAAAUGGUGCUUUGGGUUUGAAAAGGGCCUGAUGGGGAGAAGGGAACGUAUUAUCCUUGAUUUCUCUCUUGACAAUCCUAGAAAAAUGGGUGUUAAAGUUGUGCCGAUGGUAAAGAAAACAUCCAGCCAGAAGGACACCGCCAGCAGGAGGUGAAUAUCAUCUGCCCUCUGUGGAGGUGGAUGGCCAGGUUCUUUCAUACCUAGUGGUGAGAAGCAGGGACCUUUGGUCAGAUUUGAUGUUUCUUGAGGAACAACUGGCAGAGUGGUACCAAAGACAUUAGUAUUUCCUAGUCUGGAAGGAUAAUCUGAUGUGGGGUCUGCAUUUUUUUAUGGUUCUUUGAUGUCCUGUCCCUCCUGGAGUUUUCCGUUAGUGAGUUUUUGUGCAGGGAUCUGAUCUGUGACUUCUUCCCUCCCCUAGAAAGGCUGUGUCCAAUAUACUAGACGGGGGAUAGAGCUCUAAGUGGAAAAAAUACAGUCUGGUUCUACCCCUGGGUAACAGCCUGCGGCUAGGUCCUUCCCACAGGUGUCCUCUGCCCUCAGGAAUGACUCCCCCACCCCCAAAGGUGUUAAGAGAGAGCGCGAUCACCUCGGAAUCCCUCUGGGCACUGUGGACUCACUAAGGCUUUAGGUUUCUUCUUCCCCUUGAGCGUCAGAGGGGAGAGUUUGCACAGUUAAAUCUGAGUGAUUACCUCACUGCUGAAAACCCAGAGGGAUGUGACAAGCUCACUUAUGCCAGGAAACUCUAAAUGCGUCCCUUCCUUUCUUUCCUGCAUCCCUUGCCUCACGAUUGAAGCAGCCCCUGGUACCAUCAGAACAGACACACUUCCUCACCUUUCCUGUCUCGGGAUCUCCCCACUGCAGUGGUGGGAGUGGGGCGUUAAAAAUGCCUGCUAUUCUUAAGCCAUUCCAGCCCUUUUUCUCAGAAUAGACCAGACACCCUUCCGUUUAGCUCAGUGCUGUUCCUUUUGCCUUCCCCACCCCUGCUGUGAGGCCUGCUGUCCCCUUCCCUCUUGGUGAGGAGAGACAGAGGGAGAUGAGCUCCCCGUGACUGAGUUGGCCUUUGGUUCAUGUUUCGUCCUCCACAUGUAUAUAGGCCAUAUGUGAAUAUGCCAUAUAUAUGUGCCAAGAAGUCUAAGUUUUUCUUUUCAAAUCAGCACGUAGAUAGGAAUUUUGAGUUUCUUCUUUUUUCAGUAACUAGUAUAACAAGCACUGGUAUUUUUGUACAAAAAGAAAAAAAAAACACAACAAAAGAUUUGACUAUUGUGGUCUGCAUGACUUAAACAACCAAAUGGUGAAAUCAAAGCAAUGUAUACCCCAAUGUGUGUUGCCAUGAUUUGCAGUUCAGCUUAAUGGUGCACCCAACCUGUAUUUGCAUUUUGAUAUUAUUUAAGCUCUAUGUACAAUGUUUUGCAUGUAUUUAUACGGUUCUUAAGGGGAAAAAAAUGCUAUGAACUGGUGAAUCUGAAAUUGGAAUGUGCUUAUUCCACUUCUCGAGAUGGGAAGACUAGAGGAGGAGUUUUAAAGGAAGAAUAAAAGGGAUAAUUUUUUGGAACCAAUAAAGCUUUUUGCUGAUGAGCAGAAACCAGUACUGCCGUGCACUGAGAAUAAAAACCCAUGCCCACUUGUAA